AUGGAAAUUGAUAGACAUAAAGCAGAUAUCAAAGAACUAAAAAAAAAUAUGGUGACUCAAUUGGAGGAAGAGAGAAACAAUAUCAAAAAUAUAGAGCAUCAAUUGAAUAAAGAACGUGAUAGUACCAUAACAACAUUAAGUAAAUUAACUGGAAAUAUGAAGGGAAGCAUCUUUAAAACAAUGGCUGAAUUAAAUACGGAUAUGAAGAAUGAUUUUAUGACUCAGAAAAGUGAAGAAACAAUUCGACAAAUGUUUGAAGUACAAAAAAUUAUAGAUUGUCAAUUUUCAAUCUUGGACUCAUUAAAUAUACAAGGAUAUAUGGAAAUGGUGAAAAAUAAGUUUCAUAAUGAACAAAACCCACAACUAGACUUGAAUGAAUUUAUAUCAUCGAUAAUUAUUCAAGAAAAGAAUCCAAUGUUGAAAAAAUUAUUGUUGGAAUUAUCAAUCAACCAUCCAACUGCAUUAGAAAAGAUUUUACAAACCAUGUUAAGAUAUUUGUAUUUUGAUAAUGAAAUAACAUCAAAAGAGUUGAUUAGCUAUGCACCCUUUAGUGGAAGUAGUUUAUCACAUGGAAGUAGUAUAAGAAUUGGAAUUCAAAACAAGGAUGCAAUCUUAUCAUUAUCAGAAUCGGAUCUUCUAAUACAAGGAACUAUUAAAAAAGAAGAUGAUAGCAACAUUACUUCAGCGCUCAUAAACAAUGGAAUUGCCCACUUAUUUGAAGUUGUAUCAUAUAAAAUGAAUGAAAAAGUUAUUUGUACAGUAUAUAACCCUGGUGUUGCUUCAACAUUAAAUAGUUUCGCUCUACUAUCAUCGGAUCAAGUUAAAGGAUUAUCUAAUGCUUCAUGGAUUUCUGAUGGUAAAUUGGAUGGAACUAAGUUUAAUACAACAAAAGAUGGAGAAUUUCUGUUUACUGUCCCUCUAUCUUUAUUACUACCGUUCUUUGCUACAUAUAAAAAAAUUACAACUAAUGCAAAACAUGAACUAAUUCUUACGCGAUCGCGAAAUGAUGAUAACGCUGUGAAGAGUGAUUCGAAAAUAAAUAUUGAUAUUACAAAAAUAGUAUGGAGAGUACCCACAAUUCAUCUCAAUGAUGUUGCAAGAUUACACUUGUUGGAUUUAAUAAAGCGCAAUGUAACAAUUGAUGUGGCGUUUCGAAGCUAUGACUUAGUUACAUAUCCCACUCUACCAACAACACAUAAGCAUUCAUGGAUGGUGAAAUCAACAAAUAAUCUUAAUGUUCCACGUUAUGUUAUUUUCGCUAUGCAGACUGAUAAGAUAGAUGAUUUUAAAAAAAAUAAUCAAAUAUUUGAUUUUAACGAUCUGUCUUCUAUUCGUCUCUUUCUUAAUGAACAAAACAAUUGUAGAAAACUAAUUAAUAACAAUACAAACACCACACCAACAACAGAUAAUACAAUCACCCAACAAAACACAGAAAAUCCCAAUAACAACACAACCCAUACUGAACAAAUCAACCAAAACAAUCCAGAAAAACAAACAAACAAAUCAGAAAUGCAAUCAAUUGAACCAGAAACAAACUAUCGGAACGAAUCCACAAACACAAUUAAAAAAAACGAAGUCCCCAUAUCCUCUACUACAAUCAACAAUAUAACAGAAAAUAAUGAACAUUUGAAAAAAAGAACACUGUCAUCCAGUAGCCGAGACUCAUCAGACCAAAUCAAUCAAACAACAAAAACUCCAAUGCAACACAUAGAUAACAUAUGCUCUACCUCCAAAACAACAGAACCGAUGCCAAAAAAAACAUCAACAAAGGCAAACGAUAAACUGAAAAAGAAAAAAUCUAGAACAGAAUACAUGCCCAGUAUUUCAAUUAACAUACUCAAAGCCCCUAUGGAGAAAGAACCAGAAAAAUACAUUAUUAACUUCAAUACAUUAAACAAUAUUUUGAUUGAAUCAUCCGGUAUAAAAGACAUUUCGCAUAUAAUAAAAAAAUACCAAAUCAAUGCAGAUGACCUAUCCCACACAAUAAAUAGCUUAUACCCUCUAUUAGAUAACCCACAUGCUAAAACAACCUUUACAAAACUCAUCAAGAAAAUCAACUUAACCCAAGACAUAAAUUCAACGAGUGCCGAUGACGACUAA